AUGCCGGACGGCCACCCGUUCAGAUAUUGCUUCCUCCGCCCCGGAGCCGCGAAACAGAUCAUAAUUCAACGUCAGCACCCCCCCUCGCUCGUUUUUUGGCUGCGUACAGGAGGACGAAGAAUUAUUUUUUCUUCCAAUCGGCAGAGCAUUUAUCUACGGAGUCUCCAGAGGGAGGGGGGACGGGUGGGCAUGGCGAGCGAGGUUCUUCCGGCCUCCGAUGAAGCUGCUGUACCCAAACAAAGCUGGCACCUAUCGCCUGGUUCAGGCCCUCGACAUGUGCUUACGUCGUGAUCUGAAUCGGUCGACCCCAUGGUGACACGGCGCACUUUGCGGUAAUAGUUAUUUAGUCGCCGUUCGUGAGCACUACGUCGACGAGAGGAGACUGCUUGUUUUGACAUCUUCUGGGAAUACUAUUUCUUGUAUUUUUCCGGUAAGGUAAACGUGUUCAAAGCUUCUCGAAUACAUGUAGUCGUAUCCCGGUACGAAGAGGUGAUGUCUUGCUUCUCUUGCGCUUGUACCCCGUGCCGCAUGUCGUACGGUAAUCGUUGGUUGUGUAGAAGCGCGCGGUUUCGUGAUAUACAAGUGUUGAUGGGAUACUAUAAGUAGAGAGGAACAGGCAAUCCAUAUUUCGGGUUCCUCUGAAAAGGGGACCGCCUUUAUUUCCAGUUUCUGUCGGAAAAGACGAAAAUACGAGGGGAAGCAGUUAUGUCUUCCGUUCUCGGGACAAUGGCGGUGUCGGUUCGAAUGGUGAAAUACUGCUCCUCCGUGGUGAUGGUUGCGUCGUGGCGGGAGAUUGGGUUGGUCUUGUGGUCGGGAGACGGGCCACGUUUUCUAAGUGAUUUGAGAGGUUUCCUUUUGGGUUGAGCAAACGCAUGGCUGUGUUGUCGCGUGAUUUGCGAGGUCUGAGAUCU